CAAAGAGCUCGGCAUGUUCAGUCUCCAGAUAGCUCGCUUCACCGACUUCAGCUUCGAUGUCGAGAAGAUCGUCGGCGACGAGGGAGUCGUGGCGGAGGAUCGGGUGAUGCUGGGUAGCGAGGUAUGCUUUGGCGUCGUCCUGGACUCCACACCAAUUGUCGGGGUCGUGAUCAAGUCUUGUUGGGCUACGGAAGGUGGUCCUGAUGACGUGCCACCCCGUGAGGAUCUUAUCAAUGAUCAGUGUCCUGCGGAGCAGUCUGUCAGAGUAAAUCAUAUGGUUUCUCGGGACGUUGAAGGAUUUUGUUUCAGUGCAUUCCGCUUCCGAGAUGAGGAAUCUGACAUGUCACAGGUUUUCAUUCACUGCGACGUAACGGUAUGUGGCACCGAGGAUGCGGAUGCUGCUAGGUCGGAUGUAUCUUGCGGAGGGCAUGGAGGUGGUGAGAGAAGGCGUCGGGAUGCAAGCUCGGGUUCAAACUAACACACCAUCAGCUAUGGACCGUUGUCCAUCUACAGUGAAGGCAAUGGCUUCGCGGCCUCUGUACAAGAAUCUCGGAGGAUGUUCAACAAGAGGAUGUUUGUGGGAGGCAUCGUGGCGCUCGUUUCCAUGGUGAUCAUCUGGGGCGUGGUUAAAGGCUGUGGCUGUAAAACCAAGGGCCCGAAGUAUGAACGCGCUUACCUCAUCGACGUCAACUAAAAUCGGGCGAUCAUUUAUUGGGCCA